AACACCAUGUUGCCAUCUAGUCCCCAUACGAUGGAUGAACAGCAUGCAAAGCAUCCACUUAAUGACAUUCGGCCUGCAUUAAGUCCUUUAAAUAAGAUUUUGGGAGGAGAAAAUUCACUACCAGCUCCUGAUGAUCGUCCUCCAAACAUCGAAACCGAAAAGAGUAAGAAAUGGGAUGAUGACUCCCAAUUCUUUAUGACUGGAGUACAAGACAAUUCCCAAGAUUUGAAUAGUGCAUUGGAGAAUAAGCAUCAAUUUCAAUCUCUUGAGAAUAACAGAGUUCGUGAAGAACAUCGUAUUUGGAUGAAUGAACGGCGGAUUAGAAUGAAGGAGAAUGACAAGCUCAUGUUGACUGCACGUGGACCGCCGUCCCAAUACGAACCACCAGCACCAUUUGACUUGUGGCUGACACAGCCAAGUCAUUUGCAAUAAAUACCGGAGGAGGACACCCUGACACUUGAACACACAAACAACGAGAGCUGAGAGAAAUCAAGGCCUUCAAGUUUGUAGCUAUAUCCCCAGACCACGACUUCUUGAUUAUUAUUAGGGCAUGAAAUUGGAUUUUUCCUCAGUCAUGAACGAAGUCCUAAAAAAACUUCAACUUUUCAAAGAGUAGACUUUUUGCCAACUAGUCUACUACAGAGUACCACCACUGGCUGGGAUCCCAGACGACAUCAGACUGAAAGCAGCAACCUUGGCAGUUGCACGUCGUUCACAGGAACCCAACCAGCAUCUCCAUGGAACCGAGACCAGAGCAGAGAGACAAACUGGCUCCCAACAGCUUCUGAAAUCUAGGAAGCCGUUCGCCUCAGAUGCCAAGGAGCUGACUAAGACCUCUCAGCCAAACGAGAUCACCUCUCACUGGACCACCAAGACAUGGACAGCUCAGUGGCACUCAACACCUUCGCCCUUGCAGCGUUUCAUAGUGGAUCCAUGAGUGGAUAUAUAUGACUGAAGAAAACCCAAUUUCAUGCCAAUUUGUUUAAAUGUUUAUCUUUUAAAGGGCCCAUGACAUGCACUGACCUAUCGCCAUUUGCGAGUUAGCCACGCCCCUCAGACAACCCUAUGGAGGUUGUGUACACUA